GAGAGAAGGGACGAGGGAUGAGAUGGAGGUGACGACGGGUGUCAAAGCGAUGGAAGUGGCGCAGUUCGUGGUGAUGGCGAUCGUCGAGGGAUGCACCAUUGGAUUGACCAUCUUGGCCAAGACGGCCAUGUCAAACGGCAUGAGCCCUUUCGUGUUCGUCAUCUACACGAACGCUCUCGCUUCCCUCAUCCUCCUCCCUUAUUCCUCCUUCUUCCACAGAGACAGAACAGAGAAGGCGGUCAUCGCCCCGACUCUACUCCUGCGUCUCUUCUUCUUGGGUUUAACUGGGUUAACCCUAACUCUGUACCUCACCUUCAUCGGCCUAGAUUUCAGGUCUCCGAUUCUUGUGUGCGCAAUGGGACACUUAGUUCCGACAUUUUCCUUCCUCUUGGCAAUACUACUCAGGACAAUAAAGCUAGACUGGAGAAGCUCGAGCACGAGUGAAAGUAAUUGGUACCUUAAUUUCAGUUGCGGGGGCAAUAUUUGUCGAUCUGUACAAGGGACCUGUCGUCAGCACAUCUUCGGUUUCGUCCUCCAAUCGACUUCAUUAUCAACAUCUAUUCAUCUACUCCUCGACUAG